AACCGUUUAAAUUUGAUGUUGUCAGCUCAUAUUACUUCUUCAAACAAUUAUGGCAUCAUCAUUGUUAUCGCCACCACUUUUUCCUCUUUCGUAAAACAUAUCAACCCAAAAGAAACCAUCACCAUGGACUCGCCGGAUUUCCCCUCCGGCACCGCCAAGUCUCCCCGGUCACUUCAGGGCCCACGUCCUUCCCCUCUCAGAGUCCGGAAAGACUCUCACAAGAUCAGAAAACCACCGGUAGCUCCACAACCGCAUCACCAGCAACACAACCACCACCAUCAACCACAACAAAUCCAACAGCAAUACCGGCCGCCGGUCAUCAUCUACACCGUCUCCCCAAAGGUAAUCCACACAAAUCCAAACGAAUUCAUGACUUUAGUCCAGCGUUUGACCGGCCCAUCCGCCCCCUCUCCGGUGGGUUCUUCUUUCUCUGCUUUCCACCAUGACGGAGGUGCAGUUUCACCGGCGGCAAGAUUCGCAUCCACAGAAAAAGCGACAACCAUGCCAGACGGUAGGAAAGUGCCGCAGACUGGUGACGUGGCGGUGGUGGAAGGGGUGGAGAUAAAUACCGGAUUGGAGAAAGCCGGCUACUUUCCCGGAAUAUUGUCUCCGGGACCGACGUCACUACCUCCGAUUCCACCUGGUUUUUUCUCCCCACUAGCAAAUGAUCAAAACCCACUUAGUUUUUUUCCUGAUUUAAGCCCUGUUUUGCAUAGUAACAGAAAUUAUAAUUAUUUGGAGAAUAAUAAUUUUCUUAUGCAAAGCCCUUCAAAUCUUCUUUCUCCAUACAUGAUUUCACCCAACACCCAAAAUCUCUUCAAUAGCCUAUUUGACUAGUUAAGAUUCACACUUUCAAACUCAAAUUCAAAACAAAUACGUUGUAUCAUUUUAUGUGAUGACAUUAAUUUGGAUUAUGUGAGUUUAAGCAGUUAAAACACUAACCUUAAUGAUGAGUUACAAAUUAUGAGAUACAUAAAGUAAAUAUUUUAUGUAGGAGAUCAUUUUUGUGACGAAGUCGUUUUUUUUUUCUAUAUGGAUACACCAUUACCUCCCUACUCCAUUAUGAUGGAAUUUCCGAGGUAUGAUGUUGUUGUUGUUUAUCAAGUAAAUAUUUUUUUUUUCCAAAACAAUAAUUCUUAAAAAUGUAUACUUUUAUUGUAUAGGCUAUUAUGGAUUAGUCGAUGAUAAUCCAGGGAAAUAGUAUAAAUGUGGAGAUUUAGAGGGUCAUUUUCCAUUUAAUAUUUAUAUGGUUAGUUGGGACAGUUGGAGAAAGUUAGAUUAAUAUUUAUUAUUGGUGGGUAGAUGAAGAUAAUUAAUUUUGAGGUGAGAUAUCUACUACAGUAUUUAUCUCUUUUCUUUUCUUUGUUUCUUAGACCAAAUUUUUGGUAUAUACAUUCGUGGAUUGUAAUGUAAAAUACUUUGGAAGUUUGGAUGUACUUGUGCUUAAGUUACUCGUUAAAUUUGUUGAACAUUGGAACUCUUGAUUAAUUGGAUAUUUUUGUUGUAGACA